AGACAAGAAAAUGUUCCGCAUUUCCUCUGGUCUAUCUCGUUUCUGGAAUGCAACAAAAAAUUCAGGGAAAAACUUGCAAGGACUGAGCAGAAGAAGACGAGUGGAACCGGGAGCACCAACAUCUCUGACAAGAGUUGUAGUGAUAUUAAACGGAUGCUGAGUGAGUUCGAUGGCAAUUCCUUUGGAAAGCGACUGGAGCUGAAGAAGGAGAACUUUGGAAAGAUCCAACAGUAUUUCAGUGAAAUUCACAGACUCAGUAAGCUGCUCAAACUGGGCAAAUCAGUUUGUAAAGUCAUUGUUAGUGAUGUUUGCCAAGGAACAGGGUUUGUGCUAUUUGAUAGGUUGAUCCUGACUAAUGCACAUUUAUUUAAGGAUUGUGUUAAAGAAAACAAGCUGCAGGAGGAUAUAGAAGUUUAUGCCCUGUUUAACUUUGAUGAACCUGAGCCUAACACUAAUUACUACACCUUUACCGCAGAGAAAGCGUUCAUUGACUUUGACUUGGAGCUGGAUUACGCCAUUCUGGAACUCAACCCUCGGGGCCAAAUCUCCAACCAAACAGCAGAAACAGAGGAAGCUGAAGUACCACCAGGGCUCCUGAGUAGAUUUGGUCCUCUACCUGACAAUGGUGAAGCCUGUCUGAUUGGUCACCCAGCAGGAGCAGUGAAAAAAAUAGAUCCUACAUGCAUCAUUCCAAUGGAGAAGAGAGAGGAGGCUGUGGACAAACAAUUACAUUCCUACAAAGAACUCUUCACUCUCCAAUCAAUCAUUACCGUAAUCAAACAAGCAGGCAUUGACAGCAUAAUGAUAGGAGGAAGCAAAGCAGAUAAAGUUGUGACCUACAACACUUUCAUGCAUCACGGAGCUUCUGGCUCCCCAGUGUUUGAUGUUAGGUGCAGAGUUUUUGGUUUGCACACUGCAGGAUUUUGCUAUGGGUUUCCAAAAAAGAGAGAGAGUGUGAUUGAGUUUGCACGACCUCUGCUGACUAUAUUUGAGAACUUUGUGGGCAAAGUGAAGAAGAAUGGGAAGGCAGAGCUGCUGGAGAGAAUUCAGGAGGAAGGAAAGGGAAACUCAUUCUUGAAAAAGAUCUUUGAGUGUAUAAGCCAAACAGAACAACUGAAUGAUGAGGAGCCAAUGGAAACCAGCUAGCCAACAUGAUCAGAAGCUCCUCAAUGUCAAACCACAUCUGGUUGAUCAUUUUCUGCCUCAUAGAAUCAUUUUACUCCAAACAUCCAAACCACCAAGUGCAUUAGAGGUGUUUUUUACUCUGCAACUCAUCAGAUCCAACUUUGUAUUUUGAGAUGCCAAUGUAUGCCAAUGUGACUGUUAAAUGUCCAUACAUCUUUGGUUCUACAGAUUUUAAAAUUACAAAUGUUUCUUGUAGUAUUGUA